AUGGCGUACCAAGUUCCACAGUUCGACGACGCCAAGGACAGGUGGUCGUCGUACUACAUCAGAGUCGAGUCGUACUUCGAGGGUAACGACAUCGUCGACGACGCUAAGAAAAGGGCGCUUCUCAUCUCGGCACUGGGCUCGAAGCCUAUCGACGUACUGAGUGCGCGUUGUGCUCCGCGGAAAGUGAGCGAGUUAACAUACGCGGAAGCGGUUACCAUUCUCGAAGAAUUUUACGCACCCCCGCCAAAUGAGAUAGCCGCAAGCUUCAAGUUCUUUACCCGCAUUCAAAGGGAAGAGGAAUCAGCGCAACAGUUUAUCGUGGAGCUUCGACGCCUGGCUGAUAAAUGCAACUUCGGGACCAUGUUGAACCACCUGCUGCGAGACAGGAUCGUGUGCGGAAUUCGUACCAGUGACGUGCAGAAGGCACUGCUUUCUCAGCCGAAACUGACAUUGCAGGAGGCAGAAAACAUCGUGCUUGCAGCAGAGGCUGCACGACAGGGUGUUCAGCUUAUGAAGCAGACGGAACCGAAAGAAGAGCCCGAGCUUCACAGACUAGCGGGCGAUCGACGGCAGCGACAGGCAGGAAAAACCUGCAGUAAGGCGCUGAACAACGAAGGGGCUGCGGUUUUGAGCGUGUCCAGCAUUAAGGAGCAAGGGCUAAACUUGCAAGCGAUCCUGUGUGAGUACGAAGACGUGUUUGCACCUGAACUGGGUCUGUUCAAGGUUCCGCGCGCUCAUCUAUACAUGAAGGAGGAUGCGGUUCCAAAGUUCUUCAAAGCCAGGCCACUUCCAUAUGCAAUGCGAGAAAAGGUUUCUAACGAGCUGGACAGGCUUGUUAAAUCCGGAGUUCUGUCCCCGGUGGCUCACUCGGAGUGGGCGACGCCGAUAGUUCCGGUAAUGAAGAAAGACGGAACAGUUCGAUUGUGUGGCGAUUACAAACUAACGGUAAGUGCCAGCUGUGUGACGGAGCAGUACCCACUCCCGGUAAUCAAUGACCUUUUUGCUGCACUGCACGAGGGUGACGUUUACAGCACAUUGGACCUUCGAGACUCCUACAACCAGGUUCCCCUGGAUGAGCAGUCAAAGAAGCUGACGGUCAUUAACACACAUCGGGGAUUAUUCUACUUUAAUCGACUGCCAUUUGGUGUGUCUUCUGCCCCAGCUAUCUUUCAGCGAAUAAUGAACAGCGUCCUGAACGGUUUGCCGGGAGUCCAAGCGUACUUGGACGACGUUUUGGUUACCGAGAAGGGGAAUGACGGCGAAAAGAACCUCAAGGCAAUCAGUACUGGAGGGCUGCAACCUCUGGAGAAGAACAUGGAUGCUAUCAUGAAGGCGCCAACACCCAAGAACGUGAGCGAACUGCGUUCCUACUUGGGUCUUCUCACGUAUUACAACGCACUCAGUCGGCUUCCUCUAGAAACCACCGAGGACACAUCAGAGGAGCUUCAAGAGUACGUGCACUCGCUGCAGCACCUGGAUGACACGCCGCUUUCGUCGCAAGCAAUGAGACAGUUGACCGAGAAAGAUCAAGUACUUGUAAUUGUCAAGUCCUACGUGCUUCAUGGUUGGCCAAAGGAGCUCAAAGCACCCGAUCCGCGGUUGGACCCAUACUUCGCCCGAAAAAGUGAGCUAACUGUUUACAAAGGUCUCAUUUACUGGGGACACAGAGUCGUGAUUCCCGAGGCUGCUCGUGGUGACAUGCUGCAAUUCCUGCAUGAGACGCACCAGGGAAUGUCUGCAAUGAAGGCAUUUGGCCGUACUGUCGCAGAUCAAGAAAACAAGCUGAGCCCGGGCACUCCUGUUUGGGCUCGCAACUUCGGAGAGGGAGAAAGGUGGCUGCCAGCCACAGUGAAAGAAACAAGAGGAUCCCGAAUGAUCGCCGUUGAAACGGCAGAAGUCCUGUGCCGGCACAACCUUCGCAAGAUCAAACAGCUGGUGCACCGAUGCUACCAGACGAGGCUCAACCAGCUGUAA